GUGACAUUUGCGCUCGGAGGGGAAGAAGCAAUGAGGCAAACAGACGCCUGCCAGUUGCCGUCUCUCUUCCAGUGCGCGGUCGGCUAGCUGUGGCGUAGCGGGCGUGAGAGUCACCUUCACGUCCGUCGUGUUUCACAGCACUCAACAGCGUCAAACGCUCGCGGCCCGGCCAUGCCGACCUGGAAGACGGUGUUUGUGACGGGGGGAGCCGGCUACAUCGGCAGCCACUGCAUCGUCGAGCUGCUGGAAGCCGGCUACGACGUGGUGGCCAUAGACAACUUCGCCAACUCCGUGUACGGCCAGAAGGGGGAGGCGCCCAGCCUGCAGAGGGUGGAGGCGAUCACGGGGAAGAAGGUGCAGUUCUACCAGUGCGACAUGCUGGACAAGCCCAAACUCAACAAGAUCUUCGGCGAGCACAAGGUUGACUGCGUCAUCCACUUUGCGGCCAUGAAGGCUGUGGGCGAGUCCAUGCAAGUGCCACUCAUGUACUACAAGAACAAUAUUGUCGGCACCAUCAACCUUCUCGAGGUGAUGCAGGGACACGACUGCUACCAGCUGGUGUUCUCCAGCUCCUGCACCGUGUACGGCGACCCGGAACAUCUGCCAAUCACAGAGGACCACCCCACGGGCAACGUGACCAACGUGUAUGGACGCACAAAGUACUUCAUCGAGGAAAUGCUCAAAGACAUUUCAGCAGCUGAAAAGAAAUGGAACAUUGUUUCACUGAGGUACUUCAACCCGGUGGGGGCCCACCCGUCCGGCCUGAUAGGGGAGGACCCCACCAAGGCGUUCACGAACCUCAUGCCGUACAUGGCCCAGGUCGCCAUCGGCAAGAAGCCCUCCCUCACGAUCUACGGCGGGGACUACGACACGGUGGACGGAACAGGUGUGCGGGACUACAUCCACGUCAUGGACCUCGCGUCGGGGCACGUGGCGGCGCUGGCCAAGCUUCAGGGAGAGCACCUCAGGAUAAAGACGUACAACCUGGGCACGGGCCGAGGGGUCUCCGUGCUGGAGCUGCUCCGCACCUUCGAGGCCGUCACGGGGUCCCCCGUGCCCCACCGGGUCGAGGCGCGCCGCGCCGGCGACAUUGUCUCCAUGUUCGCCGACGGCACGCUGGCCGCCGCCGAGUUGGGCUGGCGGGCACAGUACAGUCUGGAGCAGAUGUGUAAGUCCGGAGGGGUGGUGGUCUCCUUGCACGGAAGUGCACGUAAACAUACACUUCAACGUGCAAUCGGAAAGUGUACAGAAUUGUGUAAACUAGCUCCUGGGGGUGGUGCCUUCAUGACGCCGAGACUUACUGGCUUUUAACUUUCGAUGUCGGCCGUCCUUGUAGUCUCCUCACGGCGCGGUUUGGCGCACAUGAUCAAUUUUCAGAGAAUUCAGAAGGCAGAGGCCUCGUAACUUUCAUCUAGAUGGGCUACCAAGAGACUUCUACAAAUCAAACGCUACACUUCAAAUUUUAAUUUCAAAGGAAACAGUUCAGCUUCACCAUCGUACAGAGACCAGGAGAAGUUAAAACUAAACGACCUCUUGAAAAUAUUGGUCGACUUGUAAAACAGCAUAAUUCCUGCCCUCUGCUACUAACAACACUAACUUAGAAUGUUUUUGAUGUUUUUUUAAUGUUUCAUAAUUAAUUUCUACUCAUGUUUCUUCUAUGAUGCAUAAACAUUUGAGGUAUCUUGUUUGUGCUUUAAUAUUAUUACUAAUUUUGGUUAGGUCAUACAUACAAAUUAAUGUAGUUUAAAUAUUAUUAUUUUCUAUAUUUUGAGUGGUCAGUUAAACUGUAUGUAUGUUAAUUACGUUUUUGAAAUUUUAAAGCAUCGUCUGGGCAGUAAGACUAAUAUUCUAAAAGGUACUAGAAGGUAAAAAAAAAAGGAAGACAUGGGAACGACACUCUGUCUCCAGUAAGUUAUUUUUCAUGCCUCAAGAGUUAGUACGUUGUUGGGAAGACCCAGUGCAUAGACGCAAGACUACACAGCAAUGGACUAGAAAUUACGCUGGGCGCUGCCUCGCCAGCCAAUCAGAACACACCUGAAGGUGGGAUGAUGUGGCUUUUAAGACUUUCAUGAGAAAUAUGUUUUUCUAGUACUAUUUCUUAUAUGGUCAUAUUUCUGGUUCUGUAUUGUGAUUGGCCAGUUGACUUGGGAGUUGCGUCCCCUUUGUUUUCACCUUUGUAAGGGAAGACAAUAUCGUGGUUCCCCUAUUGUCGCCACGUGUGGCCGCAUCGUCGGCAGCACACAAAAAUAUAGUGAGAUUUUACGAAGAGCUAAUUUCACGCCUGUUGGUCGGGGACAGGCCGAAUCGUAAUUUUUUUUUUUUUUACUAGUUUUGGACUUUUAACUCCAAAUUCGACCCCAAGCGUUUGCAUUGGCCGAUGGUGACCAUCGUCACCCUCCCGGGACAUGUCCACAAAAUAUUUUUGUUCAACAUGACUUCAAUUUUUGUUAUAAUUGAUUGACAAGCUAAGUCUACAGUAAACAUAUGGAAAAUUAUCUGGACAUGUAAGUUGCUAUCUGUGUUUUUUUUUUCCAGAAGUAAUGUAAUAAAAUAAAAAAACAAAUGACUGCCUUAAAAUAAACUCUUUUAUUUUAAAUAUAACUUAAUACAAACUUUUAUCAUAAGAAAAUAAUUCAUCUUCAAUGUUGGAAACCAGACAAACUUAAAAACAUUUCAAAAUCGUUGUAUACAAACAUAAACUUUUCAAGUGAUUAAAGUGUAUUGUUAUUAUUCUUGGUUGCAUAGUCAGGCCAAACUGGAAUAUAACAAACUGAAUUUCUUGCCUUACAUUUAUUUUGUAUUAAAACAGCAAAUCGUUAGCCUUGCAAUAUGUAAAAAAAAACACAAAAAAAAGUAGAUUUCUCUGCCGCACUGAUUACUUUUUUGUUAUCGUAACUGAUUACAAACUUUAAGUAGGAUAUCCUACUUUUAUUUUUAUAGAUUAUUUCAGGAAUACGUAUUGUCAGCUGUGCGAUAUGUAUUGUAUUUCUAUAUUCAGCGAUAGUCUUAUGGAAAUGUAGUAAGGCUUGUACAGGUCAUAACAAACAGUUUCAUCAGCAAGUAGGGUAGCUAGAGCCAUGAGACAUCCUGACUUGAGUAAAAGCUGCAACAAGUUUUUUUUUCUAAUGCAGAACAAAAAAAAAUUCUUGUGCCAAGUGUAUUAAUUAUCCGUUAAAGACUAUGGAUAAAUGCACAACAGUAAUAAAACAAAUUUAUAUAGGAUGUUUUCAUGUUGUGUUCACCAGAAUUUACAAAAGGAUCCAAAGUUUGCAGCUUUUACCUCCUUAAAAAUAAGUUUUUUUGGCACAUAUACCUCUUUGCUUCUGGAUCACUCAAAAAUAUUUGUAGGCUAUUUGGGUGCUUGUAGUAAUUU